AUUGCAGAGAUGCAGCUACAACCAAGGAACACCAAGGAUUCCCAGGAGCUACCAGAAGCUAGGAAGAGGCAAGGAGGGAUUCUUCUCUAGAGCCCUCAGAGGGAGCAUAGCCCUGCUGACACCUUCAUUUUGGACUUCUGCCCUCCAAAACUGUGAGAUAAUACAUUUCUGUUGUUUUAAGCCAUUCAGUUUGUGGUAAUUUGCUUCCCUUAGUUCCUUGCCACUUGGACCUCCCCAUAGAGCUAAUUCCUGACAUGGAAACUGGCUUUCCCAAGUGAGUAAUCCAAGCAAGAAACAGUGUGAGAGAACACCCAAUAUGGGAACCAUGGUCUUUUAUAAUCUAACCUUAGAAAUGACAUCCCAUUACUGCUGCUGUUCCAUUUUUUAGAAGUGAGUCAAUUUGUCUAGCCCACGCUCAAGGAGAGGAGAUUACACCAGGGUAUGCAUAUCAGGAGGCAGGAAUCAUGUGGAGAAAUCUUAGUGACUACCUAAAACAAUGGUGCCAGGCCUUGAUGAUGCUUUCUAGAUGUUCAUGACCUAGUGGGAAAAAUGAAUAUGCAUGUAGACAAACGACAGUCUAUAUGUUAGAUGUAGCAAGGCAGGCUUUGGAAUUGCACAGUGUAACUGGAAUUUGAGGCCUGACGCCAUUAUUUACUAAAUCCUUCUGGAUGACUUACUAAACCUCUCUGAGCCUUAUCUUUCUCAUCUGCCUAAAUGGGAGAUAAUGCUAUCAUUAUAGCAUAUAUAUGAGAUAAGCAUGCAAAACCACCCAGUAUGGUAUCAGACGUAUGGUAGGUGCUUAUUUAAGAAUAAUAGUAGUCGUUGUUAGGAUUAUUUUAGGUAUUUUAGUAGUGAUAAGUAACCAGUAAAAUAUGUAGUCACUGUUAAUGAGAUGACAUAUUUAAUAUAGCAUCUUUGUUAAUAGUGUUUAAAACUAGUUAAGAUCUUCCGAUUUACCUGAGUGGGCGGGGAAACCCGCCCCAUGAGGAUCCCCUGGGCUCGCCCAGUGCACAGGGGAAGCGUCCCGUGGCUGGGCCCCUCUUGGUCAGCCCAUGCAGCCGCCAUGACCUGGAGCAUCACAGCCGGGGGUGCCCACCAGCUCAACACCACCACAUUCACGCGGCAGCGCUUCCCCGCCUGGCAACCGCUGCUGUUGGCCAGCAUUAGGCUGCAGCUCUUCUACGUGGGCCUGGCCUUCUAUUACUCCUCCAACAGCAUCAAGGAGCUGGAGUACAACUACACUGGCAGCCCGGGCACCAGCAACUGCUCGGUGUGAACUGCAGCUGGCCAGGGCUGUGCGACACCGCCCACCUGCUCAUGCGCCUGGUAUUUCUCACUGCCUGAGCUCUUCCAGGGCCCCGUGUACCCCUACUACGUGCUGACCAACUUCUACCAAAACAACCGGUGGUAUGGAAUGUAUGACAACGCGCAGCUGAGCAGGCUGCCCAGCAUGCUGCACCACCCGGUCAAUGAGUGCACCCACUGCGCCGCCUGCCCAUUGGCACCCUGCACCAUCAUUACCAACAGCCUCUUCAACGACUCCUCCUCGCUGUGACACCAGCGCCGGCGCGGGCCCUACGUGGAGGUGCCGCACUACCGCACUGCACCUAUCGCCUGGUAGACCAACAACUAUCCCAUCAAGUUCUGCAACCCGCCACUGGUCAACGGCAGCCUGGCACUGGCCUUGUGUGGCACGGCACUCCCGCCCAACUGGCACCGGCUGGUCUACGACGAGCCCAUCCCCAACAACACUGGCUUCAUCAACCAAGACUUCGUGGUGUGGAUGCACAUAGCAGCGCUGCCCUCAUUCCGCAAGCUGUAUGCGGACGUCCACCAGGGCAGCUACUCAGCUGGGCUACUACGGGGUGUCUACUGUGUCAACGUCACCUACAACUACCCGAUGCGUGCAUCUGGCGGCCACAAGCUCCGCAUCUUCAGCAGCAUCUUGUGGAUGGGUGGCAGGAACCCCUUCCUGGGCAUCGCCUACCUGAUCAUCAGCUCCCUCUGCAUCCUCACCGGCUUUGUCAUGCUGAUCAUCUACAUUUGCUACCAGGACCAACCAGAACGAUGACGACAAUGGGGAGGAGGGGUGAUUCCAGCUUUCCAACGACCCUUCCUGCUUCUUGCCAAAACUGUUGCAAGCUUCUUUCAGCCUCCCCCCUUUGCCCCUCAUCCUAUUCCAACUUCUCCUCACUUUUCCUCCCUUUGUGAAUGAGGGUACCAGAGGAGGGAAUUACCCGCUUACUCUUGGGGGCUGCUAAACCUUGUUGCCUGGUGGUGGAGGGUUGACCGCAGAGUGAAACAUCCUUGCAAACUCUCCCCACCUCCUUCAUCAUACUGAGUUGCCAUGUUAGGUUCUCCAAGUCAGAGAGUGGAAAGGAUCCCUGUAGAGACUAAUUUUCAACCCCUACCAGAGGAAGAGAUUGAGAGACCUAGCAACAUGAAAUAACUCAAUCAAGAUCAGGCAGCUGGCAAGUGGUUCCUGACGCUAAGGCUAAAGCUUUUGCCACUACAGUACAGUGGUUUUCUUUUCUUUGUGGGGAGGGUGGGUUGGGAUGGAGAGAGACCCACAAAUUAUCUGCAGAGGCAUGGAGGGGUGUGGGAGAACAUAUUUGUUAAAUAUGCAGAUAGAUGAGGAGUCACCAACCCGAGAUUCUGACACAAUAAUGCUGGGGUGAGAUGCUUGAAACUGUGUUUUAACAAACUCCUCUGGAGAUUCUCGUAUUCUCUCAAAUUUGGAAAUCACUACCCUGAACCAGGUUGGGCCUGAAGCAGUCACCUGAGUCCAGUUUUUCAGAUAGUAAUUUGUUCCCAGGGACAGUGACACCAUAAUGUUGCAGGUUUGGUCUGGCACUCUGCCUUAAAUGACUUGUGUACACUCUAAUGACUUGUGGAAUGAAUUUUUUAAAAAUCACUAUCUCUGGGCUGGGUGCUGUGGCUCAUGCCUGUAAUCCCAUCACUUU